AUGAAGCACCUAGCCCUCAUUUACGUCUUUGUACUCACAGCUUCCCUCACUAUUACAGCACAGUCUGCUUCCGUCGACUCGCAACUCGCCACAUCAUCAACAUCAAAACACCCAACUGGAGCCCAUGUAGUGAAACGAGACAAGGACGACCACGAAACAUGUAUAAACGCAUGGUCUGAAUCAGAUCCAUGUGAUUUUGUUAAGUCUGCAGCAUGCCAGUACGAUUUCGCUUCGCAAAUCAAUUAUGCUGAAGCAUUCUUCUGUUCGCCGACUGUGGUCAAGGUGUUUAUGACUCCCUUGUUGUUUUUAUGGGCUAUAUAUCUCUUCUUGUUUGCUGGAAUAGUAGCAUCAGAUUUCUUUCGUCCAGGCCUCUCACUCCUAUUCAGCAACUCCCUAAAGCCAGGCUUCUUUGCUUCAAUGACAAUCCUAGCCCUCGGCAACGGCUCCUUUGACCUCCUCGCAUCAACAGCAGCAAUGAAAUCAAACAGUGCUUCAAUAGCAUUUGGUGGUCUUCUCGGCGCCGCUCUCAUAUCGUCCAUCCUAACACCUGGUCUAAUCGCAAUGCUGCAUCCAUAUUAUGUAGUAAAACGAGGGUUUAUGCGGGAUACGAUGUUUGCUUUGGCUGCGUUGGUGCUUGUAAUGAUUGUAUUACUGGAUGAUGAUAUAAGUGUUAUGGAGGGGUUGUUUUUGGUGGGAUUUUAUUUCUUGUAUUUGAGUUCGAGGAUUGGAUGGCAUGCUACUGUUGGUGGUGAUCAUGUCGCUCUGCCUCAAAAUGAUCCUGAUGAUUCCGAGAAUCAUUUUGAAGCUGAGGUCCGUCGUGAUAUCGGGGAUGAGGGUGAAGAUGUGAUUACUCUGGUGAGGGAUUCUGAGGCUCAAGAUUAUCGAAAGUCGAGGCAACCAUUUUUGGGUGGUUUGGCACGAGUCUUUGACUCCUAUCUACCACCACAACCUGAACGAGACGGCCAAAUCCAACCUGCAUCAGACACUCAAGAUGCAACACAAACAGAACAAGCACUAUCAACAGCACUACCAAGAUCUGAACGAAAGUCCAUUUAUGGAGCUAUUCUCGUUACAAACAUUACAGAACGGCCAGCCUCUCAAGAUUACUUGAGACAAGAUUAUCUACCAUCAUCCUCUAUAUCUGAAAUGGUCGUGUCUUCCAUGCUGUUUGUUGCUCGAUUGUUCGUGCCAGUGAUCCCUAUCCCGGGUGGUGUUAAUGAGGGAAGGCCAAGUCGAGAACUUGUGGGGUUGAGGAGUGUGUUUGGUGGGAUGUUGAUUGUUUAUUCUUUCAUUGAUUUCUGGCACUUUCGUCUACCAUGGUUUGCUUUAUUACCCAUCGUACUCAUAGUUGGCGGACUCCUAUUUGGUGCUGUAGGCUUGGCCUUGUGCCAAUCUGACUCUGAAAAGAUUCACAUGUUUCAUAAAGUCACUGCUGUCUUGGCCGCUUUGUCGCUGAUAUAUAUCAUUGCCAAUGAAGCUGUGGGUCUCGUUGUGACUCUGGCGCUUGUUAUGGAUUUGUCAAAGACCUUUGUGGGCUUGACAUUGUUCGCUGCUGGCCUUAGUGUUGGUGAUCUUGUGGCAAACGUGGUUCUAGCCAUAAACGGUUACCCAUCAAUCUCAACGCUGUCCUCAUUCGCGACUUCUACGUUGAGCAUAACUGGAGGCACUGGUCUUGGCACUCUGUACUCGCUUAUUGUAUGGGGUGAUCGAACAGAAAAUGGUAAACUGGCACUCAUUACGAGUCCCAGUAUUUUGGCUGCGACCAUUUGUCUUGGUUUACUUGUGAUUGUCGAAAUGGUUGCUAUUGUCAAGAGCCAGUUUCGUAUUGAACCGACGCAUGGCAAACUGUUGGUUGCUGGCUUUGCUGCCAUCUUUAGCAACGCUGCUGAAGCUAAAAUCGAAGAAGAAUUACGAAAGGCCUACGCUGCCUUCAACGUUGGAGAUGCUACAUACAUCCUCUCCAACUUGCAAUCACCCGACAUUCCAGUAACCUGUGCUAUGCCAGGUUUGUCCAUCUCUGGAACCAAGCCAUUCUCUGAAUUCUUGAAGCUCAACUCUGAAGGAGCUGCAAAGACUAGCGGCUUCAAAGUAGAAGUCGACACCAUCAAAUUCUUGGGUGGUUCAAAGGUUGAAGCCUUCUUGCACAUCGAAUUCACCAAAGAUGGCAAGCACUACGAUGACCACAAGGAAGCUCAAAUCUGGCAAUACAAUGCUGACGCCAAGUUCGUUUCGGGAGAAAUGGACUUCAAGAACCCUGAAACCGUUGCCGUUCUCUACGGUCUUUAA